AUGUGGAAGUUUUUUACGCUCACGGGAUCGUACAGGUGGAUCGACGAUUUACCGCGAUUGGUCUUGGAAUACAACGGUCGUAAACAUCAUACGAUCGGUAUGCGCCCGAUCGAUGUCACUCCCGAGAUCGCAAAGGGACUCUUGAGCACCGUGUACAGUAAUGUAAAAAUUGCGGCGCCGGCGAAAUUCAGGAUGGGUGAUCCGGUGCGCGUGAGAAAAUUCAAAACUGUAUUCGAGAAAGGAUAUACGCCGAAUUGGUCGACGGAGGUGUUUAAGAUCGCCACGGUGCAACGUACCAAUCCUGUGACGUAUCUGAUUAAAGAUUAUUGCGAAGAUCCGGUCACGGGAGGCUUCUACGAGUACGAAUUGCUCAAGACCGCUCAACCCGACGUUUAUCUCGUGGAAAAGGUGUUGCGCCGAAAGGACGAUAAGGUGUUUGUAAAGUGGUUGGGAUUCGACAAUUCGCAUAAUUUAUGGAUAAAUAAAGACGAUGUAUUGUAA